CGUUUAACCACCAGCUGUCCAGUUCAGCGCACACCGAAAUCCGCCGUCGCUUUUAUCCCUCCUUCAUAUCGCCAUUGAUUUCUAGUUUCGCCUACAAAACCCCUCCAAAUCUACUCCGUCAUUGCCUCCGUUUGAUUCCAUCCAAAUCUGCACACUUCCUAUACAUCUAAUUCACGAACUCGUUCGUUAAUGGCGUCGUUCGCUAUUCCUUCGCCCAAAACAUCGGCUUUGCUCGCGGCUCAGCCAAGCCAUAAGCAGAAUUUCAGCCCCAAGCACCGGAACAACUCGGUUGUUCUUUUCCACUCGGAUUUGAAAUCGAAAUGUGCAUUGGUUGCUGGAUCCUCGUCUCUAGGAUUUCAGGCAUCAAAGAAGAACCAGAAUGAUGGUAUGAGAGUGUCGGCUCAGCUUGAUGAGGCUGCACUACAGAAAUCAGAUUCUACCCCAUCUUCAGAGAAGUCGGUGGUGGACUCAACGAGGGAAACGUCAUCAGAAAUCACAAUUCCUGAUGCUGCAUCAAUAACUGCGUUUAUGAAUCAAGUGGCAGGGCUUGUUCAGCUGGUGGAUUCAAGAGACAUUGUGGAGCUGCAACUAAAGCAACAGGAUUGUGAAGUCCUUAUAAGAAAGAAGGAAGCCUUGCCAACGCCUCCAGCAGCUCCUAUGGUUAUGACGCAAUCUCCACAACCACUGGCCAUGUUGCAAUCACAACCGCCUCCACCACAGGCUACUCCUCCUUCUUCAGGACCAGCUCCUUCUGCAUCGGCACCAGCAUCGCCUACCCCUGCAAAGCCAAAGUCCUCGCAUCCUCCAUUGAAAUGUCCCAUGGCUGGAACCUUCUAUCGUUCUCCUGCACCAGGAGUGGCUCCCUUUGUGAAGGUUGGAGACAAGGUUAAGAAAGGUCAGGUUGUCUGCAUUAUUGAGGCAAUGAAGUUGAUGAAUGAAAUUGAGGCUGAUCAAUCUGGAACGGUUGUUGACAUUCUUGCCGAGGAUGGAAAACCAGUUAGCCUGGAUACGCCUCUAUUUGUUAUCGAGCCAUGACAAGCAUCAAGUACAUAGAGUUAAGCAUGUGCCAAUUUGAGCUUAGAUUGUUAAAGUCUUCUUUUUAUUUUGCGGUCUUGUAACCGAUAUCUUAUGUCACACAUUGGUUUUGUUGGCCUCAUGUAAGAUAUAUAACACGAUUACGCAUUUUCAACGAGGAUGCUCUUUUAGCCA